AUGCAACCAAUCCGGGAUCUCCUCCUCCUCUUCCUCCUCCUCCUCCUCCUCCUCCUCCCGCCACUCCACCUCUCGUCUGAGCUGGAAGUUCCAUGUUGCUCAUGUCAUCAGUCAGAGGCUGUCUACGGCGAAGUUGUGAGGCAUGAGAAGGAGUCAUACUGGAAAAGCAAGCUGUGCACGGAGUGUGCAGGAAGGGUUUCUAUGUGCGAGGACAGCAUCAGUCUGUUGCUCUUGAAGAGACGAUGUAGAAACUGCACCAAGUUCGCAUCGUUCGCAGACCCGAUCUUCAAUUCGAUGCCCGUGCAUUGCAAGGCGCACAAAAUGGAUUCGGAAGUGGAUGUCGUCCACAAGUCCCUCUUGUGCCGAGAACAAGGAUGCAGCCGCCAGGGAGUCUACGGGCAUCCGCUGAACCUCGAGUUGAACCUCCGGCACUUGAUGAGGAAGCAGGUGCUGUUUUGCAAGCAGCACAGGAAGGAGGUGCAGCUACGUGGGCUGCCGGAAGCGCGGAUACUUCACUGCGUCAGGCUCUGGGCAAGCCAGCACAAGCCGGAAGAUUGUGUGGACACAGUCCAUCGCAAAUGCCAGUGGACAGGGUGUGGCAGACGCGGGAGGUGA